AUGGCGGAAGAGCAUCGAUGUCAGACGCCGGAAGGCCACCGUCUCUGUGUGAACAACUGCGGCUUCCUCGGCAGCUCCGCCACCAUGAAUCUAUGCUCCAAUUGCUACGGCGAUCACUGUCUUAAGCAACAGCAACAAUCCACCAUGAAAUCAACCGUCGAAUCCUCUCUCUCCUCCGUGUCCUCACCGGAGAUCGCCUCGAUCUCUUCUCCGAUCAUCCCAUCUCUCCCUCAGAAUCCCUCGGCCGAGUUAGAGGUGACGGCGAAGAAGGCGCAGGUGACGGUGAUUCCGCCGCCGCAGACAACGACGGAGCAGAAACGGCCGAAUCGAUGCACGACCUGCAGGAAACGGGUCGGGUUGACCGGAUUCAAGUGCCGGUGCGGGACGACUUUUUGCGGGACCCACAGGUACCCGGAGAUCCAUGGAUGCACCUUCGAUUUCAAAUCGGCCGGUCGCGAAGAGAUCGCGAAAGCGAAUCCGCUCGUCAAAGCAGCGAAGCUUCAGAAGAUUUGA